CUGGUCAGUGAUGCUUCGGUCGUUGAUCGACGCGCAUAGGAAUAUCAGCAGCCAUGCUCGUAUCAGUGGUAUUACUUUUGGCGGUGAUCGUUGUCCUGUACCAUUAUCUAACGUGGCAUUUUGAUUACUGGAAGAGCCGCGAUGUUCCGGGACCGAACCCUUGGCCGCUGGUGGGCAACUUCCCGGCGUUUUACAGAAGAAAUCGACCAGUGAUGGAGGAGAAGUACCAGAUAUACAAAGACUACAGCUCAAAGUUCAACUUUGUAGGAAUAUUCACCAAUCGUGCGCCACAGAUCUUCAUCACUUCGCCAGCGUUGGCGAAGGAUAUUUUGGUAAAAUACUUCAAACAUUUUCAUGACAACGAGAUUGGCAUGAUUACCAACAAGGAGCUGGAUCCUUUGUUUGGAAGAAAUCCCUUCGUGAUGAAUGGAGCUGCAUGGAAAGCGAAGCGAACGGAAAUCACUCCGGCGUUUACUUCUGCAAGGAUCAAAGCUCUCUACGCAUCCGUGGAAACAGUUUGCACGCAGAUGACCAAAUACGUCAAAGAACGUGCAGGAUCUCCAAUUGAGAUGAAGGAACUUGGCGAUAAAUUUACGACGGAUGUUGUGGCCAAGUGCAUCUUCGGUGCUGAUGCCCAGUCAUUCAUUCACGAAGACGCCGAAAUCAGAGAUAUGGGUAGUAAACUGAUGGACUCAUCCCUCUCGUUCGCAUUGAAGAUGGCCGUAAUGACUGUUCUCCCGAGCGUUGCCAAAUUAGUUAAAAUGAGUCUAGUGUCUAAGCCUCGUGAGGAGUUUUUCAUCAACCUAAUGGGCGAAGCGAUUUGUCACCGGGAAGAAAGUAACGAAAAGCACUUAGAUUUCCUGGAUUUUCUAGCAACACUGAAAAAAGAUAAAAACAUUACCAAGCUGGACAUGGCCGCCCACGGCGUUACAUUUUUCCUAGACGGAAACGAGACUUCGAGUACAACUCUUUCACUGAACUUGUACGAACUGGCGAAGCAACCGGAAAUUCAAAAGAAGCUACGAAAAGAACUACUCGAGGCCACGAACGACGAUGGAACUAUCUCCUACGAAACUCUUUCACAGCUACCAUUCCUAGAGCAGGUGUUCUGCGAGGGACUACGCCUAUGGCCGUCUGUGACCUUCAUGUCCAAGGUUUGUACCAAUCCCAUCGAGCUGGAACUGACCGCCACCCGAAAAGUACCCAUCGAGAGAGGAACCUGUGCCAUCAUUAGCAUCUGGUCGCUUCAUCGUGAUCCGCACUACUAUGACGAUCCUCUCACGUUCAAGCCGGACCGUUUUGCACCGGAGAAGGGUGGGAUUUUUCCAUACCGGGAGAAGGGAUGCUACAUGCCCUUCGGGGACGGUCCCCGUCAAUGUCUGGGGAUGCGUUUCGGGCGGAUGCAGGUCAAGCGCGGUAUUUACGAGGUGAUUCGCAAUUUUGAAGUCUCGAUUGCCGAUCGCACCAGCGAUCCGUUGAAAAUUGUUUCAUCUCCAGCCAUUUCGCUCGGCUUGAGUGGUAUUUGGUUGGAUUUUAAGCCAAUUGCAUCGUAGCUUAGGAAAACUGAUAAUUAUUAUUAUAUUAUAUUAUUUUUUAUUAUUUGUUCAAAUAGAAGAUUCCGUCAGGGGCCGUACACUAAUUACGUAAGCAUUUUUUUUUAUUUUUCAACCCCCCUUCAACCAUGAAAGAUUUUUCCCAUACAAAUCAUUUUUUAUUUCUAGACCAACAUUUGAAAAGGGCGUAACAGUCAAAAUUGAUUCCUUCUGAUCCUUCGUCUUCAUAUAUAGCUAUAUAUGUGGGCGAAGAAUCAGAAGGAAUAAAUUUUGGCUGUUACGCUCUUUUCAAAUGUUGGUCUAGAUUUAUAUGGAACGUAAGAAAAUGGCGGACCCCCCUCCUCCCCCAUAAGUGCUUACGUAAUUAGUGUACGACCCCUUAGAUUUUUUUCUGGAAUAUAAUUGUUUCAGAAAAGAUUAUCCAUAUAAUGUGAGUACAAGAACGAUAGAAUAGAUGUAUGCACUAUGAUAUUUUGUUUCUAUUUUGCAAAUACCUACAGUGGGUCCAAAAAGUAUUCGUCUAGCUGCAUAUUUUUUAGUAAGAUGUAAAACUUAGGCGUGAUAGAAGUGAAACCAAAAAACUUUCUUCUAAAUUUGGUAGAAAACUUAUCAACACAUGAUUAUUAUUCAAAAACAAAUAGAAAAUUCAAUUACUUUUUCUGGUAUGUAGAGAAUAUCUAAAUUUCGUCAAUUUCGCUUGCUCAAAAAGUAUUCGUCUAUUCAGAAAAUAAUCGAGCGAAACACGAAUAUAAUAGUUUUAUUCGCAUGUAAUUACACUAGCACACUCUAGUGAUGUCUAGCAACAUUUUGUCAAUACUCAAUGACAGAUUAAAUAAUGUUUUUGUUUGUUUGUUUGAACUUGGCGCGGAAAACAGAUGCACCAUGGGUGGGAAAAGUAAAAAGAUGAGUCCCAAUGAAAAAAACUUAUUCUACGCCUGCAUAAUUAGUGCAAGUUGACUUAUGACUUUGUAUGAAAUGUGGGUAGACCAAGGGUAGCAAGAAUUCAACCAUUUUAUUGGGGAUUGGUCGCAUCAGCGCCAAAAAAAUCUAUCAAAACAAAUAACAGAGUGCUCAUCAGCGAUGGUAAACUGAUAACGAUGAGCGAUUUAUUGUGCGGAAAAUAAAAAAAUCCUUAAAAACGAGUUCACCCAUAGAGGCAAGUGAGUUGGAGAGAAGAAGUGCCCAAAUAUGAACCAAUACGAACAGAAAUACUUGUGAAAAGUAUGGGUAUAAUGGGCGAGUAACACAGAAGAAAAUUCAAGUGAGCCAUCAAAUUAUCAAAAACAGCUUGAUUUCAGCUAAAAAUAUCGCUGGAAGAAGGAUGACUUUCGGAAUCAAGUCAUGUUAUCUGACGAAAUCAAGUACAUCAUAUUUGGAUUAAAUAGCCGAUGUAUGGUAUGGCGGAAAAGGAAUAUUGAGAUACAGCCGCAGAAUCUCUUUUGAGCAGUAAAGCAUGGUGGGGGCUCCGUCAUGGUCUCUGAGGUGCUUGAGCGAAACCGGUGUGGGAAAAUUUUACAUUAUUGAAGGAAUUAUGUAUCACAAAAUGUUCAUCCGCAUUUUGAAAGAAAAUUUGAACUCUAUUGCUGAGAAAUUAGGCUUACAGGGAACAUACAUCUUACGGGGCGAUAAUUACCUUGAGUACAUAGCCCAAAGUACUAAGCUGUAACUACUCUAUAAUACCCCAAUCAACUCAAAACGCCUCUUCAGAGCCAAGAUAUGAAUCCAAUUUAACUCCAUUUGAAGGUUCUGGACGACAAACUUUUCGUGAAAUUCGUGAAAGUCAUAUUUCCAACAACAAUGAAUUGAAAUUAGUGUUGAAAGAAGAAUGGAAGAAUAUUCCGUCCCCCGUUACGGCUAAUUUGGUCAGUUCCAUGCCACAAGAACUACAGCCCGUCAUAGAUACACAGGGGAAUCCAACGAAAUAUUGAAUUCCAUUCUACAACUCCUGUUUUCGUUUCAAAAGCGCGCUAAACCUGAGUAGACGAAUACUUUUUGAGCCCGUAUUUAAUGAAUUGUUAUGUUUUGUUACCUUUGUUUUUGUUAUUGUUUUAUUUUUCUGAUUGAUUUUUAACAAUAAAGAUGAAUUGAUUAUUUUGCUACACAAUGUAAUCGAUAGUUUUAUUUUUUUGAGCUUACUAGAUUCUAUUUUUGACAUUUUCUAGAAAAUGCACAGCUAGACGAAUACUUUUUGGACUCACUGUAUGUUGUAGUUGUUAGAAUAUAUACUUAUUACUUAUUACAUACUU